CUCUCUCUCGAUCUCGAUCUCGAUCUCGAUCGCUUCUCCGGAAGAAAGAAGAGCGAAACAUCCAACUGUAGGAGGAGCGAUCGAUGGAGGCAGGGGCGAGUUCCAGUCGGCGGCAGCGGCAGAGGCCUCACGGAGCCUUCAAGGAGGAGCUAUCGAUGGAGGCAGGGGCGGGUUCCAGGCUGCGGCAGCGGCGGGGGCCUUACGGAGCCUUCAAGGAAGUGGCUGAGCCACUGUUCAGUGUGGGAGCACAGGUCGAGGUCAGCCGGGAAAGCAAGAACUAUGGAGCUGCUUGGCUUGCAGCUACUAUUGUUAGUAUGAUCAGCAAGUCCAUAUUUUUGGUGGAUUGCAAGACCCCGAGAGCUGUCACUGACAGAGAGUUGUCGACGGAGAUUGUUGAUGCUCAACACAUUAGGCCUCCACCUCCCCUUGCAUUAGACGAUGAGGAUUUCAGGUUACAUGAUGUUGUUGAGGUGCUUUACCAUGGCGGGUGGUCGCUAGGAGUUGUUACUCAGAUUUCUAAUGGGUCAAAGUACAUUGUCAAGUUGAAGCAUCAUGAAGAGGAGAUGGAGUUUAAUUGUUUUGAAAUGAGAUCCUGCCAGGUAUGGGAGGAUGGGCAGUGGAUCAGCUAUUCCUCCCAGAGCAUGAAACAAUAUUCACAGGAGGAGUUAAAGACAAGGAAGAGAGGCAGGCCUGCAAAGAAAAGCAUAGAAUCGGAACAAGCAGAAGAUUUGCCUGAGCAAGUUGCUGAAGAAGAACAUGGGAAGAAAGAAAUUGAGCAAUCAAAUCAAGGUCGUCUUGUGAUGCAUCUUUUGAAACUCGAGCACAUAGUCAUCAUGAUGAAGCAACGGGGUACAAGGACCCCCCACUACUUGCGAAUAUGCAGGUCUAUGAAGAAGCAACAUCCCUCUUCUGAAUCGCUGAUUGCACAAGUAAUUUUUAAGUUUUCAUGGUUAAGAUGUGGAACCAGUCAGUAUAUGGUUCUCAGCCUCGAUCAGGUAAGCCCAUGAUUGUGGACUGGACCCAGUCGUGCCCAGUUCAGGUUUGAAAGCAACAAUGCCUGAGACUCAUGCUGAGUUCCAUUUCCAUUGCAUUAGCUGACAAACUUCAAGCUGAGGAAUAUCAAGAAAAGUCUGCAAUUGUAUUAAUCUGCUUCUUGGCCUAAAACAUUGGAUGGGCCCUAUCAAAUUUUAGUAUUUCCAAUGUAAUCUUUAAUACAUAACUCCAUUUAA